AUGAUCAAAUCAGCUAGAAAUCCAUUAUUAAACUCAUCUUCAUUACAGUCAGCAUCUAAUCGGUAGAGUGAAGAAAAAACCAAUCAAUUAGAAUAAAACUAUGAUGGCUCUGAAAACAAAAAAGAGUAAAAAAAGAGCUUAUUUGAUAAUCAGAACUCUACAUAACAAAGCAACCAGAAUUCAAUAUCAUCAUCCAGCACUAUUCAAGCAAAAGAUCAGCAAGAUGAAGAAGAACCAAUUGCAAAGGAAAAAGGAUUUUUCAACUAUUUCGAAGCAUAUUAUCAUGGUAAGAAUGGAGAAACUAUAUUUAAGAACUAUUUUUAGCCAUAAGUUUUUGCUAAUGAAAUGAAAAAAAAUAAACUAAAAAUAUCAGAUUUAACUAUAACAAAAUACAAUAGCUCUAUCAUUUAAAGAGAAGAAGAUAAAAAUGGAUAUUCAUAUUUUAACGAAAAUAUGAAUAAUUCUGCUUUUUUAAAGUCAGUUGGAUGUCUUAAAGUUAACUUUACUCCUAUUUUCAGUCUACCAAGAAUAUAAUAUUAAGAGCUAGAUAAAGACCAUAAUUAAAAUGAAGGUGACCUUAAAACAAGGAAAUUUAUUACAUAAGGAAUAGAAAAGAAUAGUAGUGGAUUUGUUUCAUUUGAUAAGAUUAAAGAUAUGAAUGAAAUUUUACUUUCAACUAUUGAGAAAGACUUUUAAGAAUAGUAUAAAAGUUAAUCUAGCACAACAAAUUUGUUAAAAUUGUCUAAAGAUCUCUUUUUAAGUAAAAGUGAUUCUAAAGAAGUACAAUCAAAUUACAAUAGCACAAGGAGUUUUAUGGAAAAAUCAUUUAAUCAAAUAGGUGAUAAGAGCUAUAUAAAAAAUAGUUAUUAUUCUAAUAAAUAAAAGCUUAAAUACACCCUUUAGCAUAAUAAAUUUCAUGAAAAUUAAUUGAAAAUGUUUGACAUGAAUGAACAAAUGAAAAGUAUUUAAAGACUAUAAAAUAUUAUUGAAUAAUAAUAGUAAAUUAUUAUGAAACAGUAAUACAGAAAAUAUCCUUCAUCUCACAUCACCUAAAAUCAAAAAAACCAAUUUUUAAUAUAAGAUAUUAGUUAAUAAAUAUAAGAUCGAUAAGAAACAGAUAGAAAUUAUGACACUAUUUAAGUUAAUCAGAAACCAGGUAAUAACUAAAAUAAAGAUAUGUUAGGCGAAUCUUUAAGAUCUUUUAGAAGUAUUUUCUCUAUUAGAGGCUCAAUAGCCUCACCUGAAAGUCCAUCAUCUCCAAAAAGAAUUAGCAUCAUGAAAAGUAUUAGUAAAAAUUAAACAAAAAAUCAAUCACCAAAGAGUAAGAUUAAAAAGAAUCUUGCAAACCUGAUUCCUUGCUACAUAUUAAGGAAUGAAGAGGUUAAAUGGAAACCAGAAGUUAGAGAGCUAUUUAAAAUAGCUUUCAAUGGAGCUACUAUUUAUAUGUAUGGAGGUUGUGCUAGUAAGCCUAUGAGCGAUCUUUGCACUUAUGAUGUUUAAACUAAUCAUUGGAGUCUUGUUGAUAAGUUACCAGCAGAAGAAGGAAGAUACAAUCACAUGAUGGCGAUGUACAAAAAAAAUUUAAUCGUUUUCGGCGGAGAAAAAUUAGAUGCAUAAUAUGAGCAAAAGCAAAAAGUAUAUUAAAAUGAUACAAGGAUUUUCAAUACUGAAAAAAAUGAAUGGAAGUAUUUGAGACCAAGUGGAGAUAUCAUAGAACCAAGGAGAAAUUCUGCAUGUUGUGUUGUAGGUAGAUAUUUUAUUAUCUAAGGUGGACUAAAUUAAAAAGGAGUUUUUUUAAAUGACUUGUGCAUUUUGGAUAUUGCAAACUAAAGAUGGAGCUUUGACUUGCACGAAGAUAGAUACAGUUAUAUGUUAUAGGGUAGAGCUUUUCAUAAAGCAUGUCCUGUCUAUCAUCCUGAUAAAAAGCAUAUAGAUUUAUUCAAGGAUUCAACAGAAAAAAUGUCAGAAAAAUAAUUAAAUGAAGUAAAGCAUGAAGGAAUAUAUUUUUUUGGAGGCUAAUUAUAAAAUGGAGAGGCAAGUAAUUAGCUCUCUAUUUUAGUCACAAGCACAAGACCUAUGCACUUUAUAUAACCAUAGACUAUUGGUAAGAAGCCAGAGCCCAGGUAUAAUCAUAGCUUGACUUAUAACUCGAAAUUAAAAAUACUAGUAGUUUACGGAGGUAUGAACGAAAAUCUUUAAAACGACCAAACUUUCUACGAUGACCUCUUUAUUUUAUAGCUAAAUGAUUUAUAAUGGUUUGAAUGUGCAACAGUUGGUUUUGGGCUAUAAAAUAGAGCUAAUCACGAAGCUGUCUGUUUCGAUACAUAACUAUUGAUUUUUGGUGGAAUAGGAGAGUAAGGAUUUUACUCUUUUGAAGUUUUAAAAAUAGAACUAGAUAAAUACAAAUCAAGAAAAUACAUUAUAGAGCACUAAAUGAAUGAAAAAUAAAGAGAAAUCUAAGCUUUAAAAAAGGCAAAAACAAUAAAAGGUAACCUAAAUACUUCAUCAAUUAAGAGAUAAGAAAAAGUAAAGGAACACGAAGAAUUUAUAAAGAACCUCUAACUAGAAUAGGCAGAAAUAAAGAAUAAAGUUGAUAAACUUAACUUUAAAAAUUACAAGUCUUUUAUGCCUUUGCCUAUUAUAUUUACCAGAAAAAAAGAAAUCUCUAUGCAUAAAUAAGAUGAUAGUUUAAAGAAGGAUAAACUUGAUUUAGACAUUUAGGAUCAUGUAGAAUCAGAUAGGAAAAUUAAUGAUCAAAUGUUAAAAUCUUGUUCUCCCAGCCCAACUACAUCUAGAAAAGGUUUAGGAACUCCUAAAAUUGGGCAUUCUUCUUCCCUACAGAUUUAAGAAUAAAAGUUGAAUUCAAAAUUUACUGAUUCAUAAAAUCUAAAAAGAAUGUAGAAUUCUUCUUAUAAGGCAAAUAAUAAUACAUAGGAUUUUACAAGUUAAGUUGUAAAAAUAAAAUGA